CUCAGCAUCCCACAUGUCGGACGUCGUCGAUCCCCUCGACUCCCUCCCCUCGGCGAUCCUUGCCGACAUCCUCGGCCGCGUCGCCGACGCCGGGGACAUCGCGGCUUCCCGCCUCGCCUCGCGCGCGCUCCUAGCCGCCUCCUACCACUGCCCCCGCGUCCGCCUCAGCGCGGCCGCCCGCGCGCGCCGCCUCCGCGCCCGCGGAGGCGGGGACGGGGCGACCGCCUUCCGCGCGGCCGCCGCGAACGUCGCAUCGCUCCUCGGGCCGCACCUCCGCUCCCUCGCGCUCGACGCGUCCCAGGGACACGGUUGCCCCGAUCAAGCGAUUUGGGAGAAGCACGCCGAGUUCGACGAGGCCAACGACCUGCACCUCACCAGCGGCGAGUCCGUGGCGGCGUGGGCGGCCACUGCCGCUGGCCCCGCCCUCCGGGAGGUGGACAUCGCCGACUUCUGGCCGCAGUCGUGCUGGCGGAAGGCGGAUGCGCUCCCCGUCAUCUCCCGUUUAUGUCAUAAUGUUUCAACACUGAGGCUGAGAAAGGCAUGGCUAUCUGUUGAUGGGCUGAGGAUAAUGCCAAAUCUGACUCAUCUGGCACUUGAGUCCAUUAGAUUAGAUGACGAGAACCUCAGCACAUUGAAUGGGUGCUUCCCUUGCCUUCAUACUCUCAAUCUUAUUGGAGUUGGGGGACUCAAGAACCCCAAGAUUCACCUUCCUCAGCUGAAGUAUUGCCACUGGGAGGUAUCCAAUGUUCCACGGUCCUUAGCUAUCCAUGCCCCUAACUUGGUUUAUCUUGAGUUGAAGUGCGUUCAGCCAGAAAUCCUCAUUCUAGAUACUCCAUCCGUGUCCACUCUGAAACUCACCAUAGAUAAACUUGGUCCUACCGUUCAAGUCGAUGGCCUUGUGAAUCUGGAAAACCUUCGGAUAGAGUCAUCGGAUCUAAAUUCCCUCUUGAGACUGUUUUCAGAUAGUCGAGAUGUCAGGACACUAGAUCUUGAGCUACCUGCUUCUGCAGGUCGCAAUGAACUUUACGAAGCAGUGGAGCCAGAGCUGUUUUCAAGAGCCAUCGAAGUGAAGCUGUCGCCAAGGUUUUCAUAUGAACUGAUGAGGCGCAUUGUGUUCUCGAUGACUAGUUAUGACUGCAGGAGCUGUCUGACGAAGCUUUUAGUUCAUAUGCCGCCAUCUAUCCUUACUGCCUGCCCAUUCAUACCCUUGGUCAACAACUGUGCGCCGUCGUGCGAGGUGACUGUUCUUUUCCAUGCUGAUUCCAGCGAUGCUACUCGCGAAGCUGCCACGUCAUCUUGGCCGCUGGGUUUCACAGACAUCACUUGGCAAUGGGGUACUUGGCAGUAAUCCUGUAUAGAUUCUUCGUUUGAAGAUGAUCGAGAGUCACGUAACUAGAAGUACCUGUGACACAUUUGUUAACGCAACAGGGUAUUGAACAGUGUCUGAAACUGGGAUUGGUCAUGGCACAUUUGUUGAUGGCCUAAAAAUUGCCUAAUGUGGGCUUAUGUAUGUAUGAUAGAAACCAUGGAUAUGCUUAUGUACAGGGACUGUUUGGCACCACUGUGUACAGAACUACAGAUGUUCCAAGAUAAGGGACUAUAUAUAGUUUCUGCGUGCUUGCUUA